CGCCCAUACUGUGCUCCGUUGGCGCGCUUCCGCCCCGGCCCGGCCGGCGGAAGUGUGAUGUGGCCGGGAGCGGGUCGCCAUGUCUGCCAUCUUCAACUUUCAGAGUCUACUGACUGUAAUCUUGCUGCUCAUAUGUACAUGUGCCUAUAUCAGAUCCUUGGCUCCCAGCUUACUGGACAAAAAUAAAACUGGACUACUGGGAAUAUUCUGGAAAUGCGCCAGGAUUGGUGAACGGAAAAGCCCCUACGUGGCUGUGUGCUGUGUCGUGAUGGCCUUCAGCAUCCUGUUUCUCCAGUAGCAGUUGGAGACUGUCCCCUAUGCCGUACUACCGAACAGCAAAGCAUGGAAGAACUUCUGACAGGAAGUGUCAUCAAGUCUCCUCUCACAUGUUGGACAGCCUAUCCAAUGGACACCCCCUGCUCCUGCAAAUGGACCAUCAUGUACAGUAUUAGUGAUCAUAAUGUAGCUUGCUCCAGAUGACAUGUCCUUAUUAACGUCAAGUCAUUACUGACACUCUUGAUGCAACUCUGGAAAGAGUGUCUGUUGUUUGUCUUGAGUUUCAGGGGAGCUUUUCUCAGAACUUGCAUUUUAAAUAGCUUUCCAUUUUUUUGGCAGGGCUUUCUAAGGAAAUGUAGAAAUUAUAAAUCUAGCAAUAAGACCACUCUUACAAGAAUAAAGAACAAUGUGAUUCUAGGAUAUACUCCUAGAUAUGUACUCCUGUCAUUCUGUGAGAGCUUACUCACAUACUAAAAAUACAACCUCUAGUCUAAGUUACAUUCAGCUUUUGUUUUCUAAACUUGCAGUUGUUCACAUGAUCUAUCAAUAUUUUUUUUUUUGUUAAAAUAUUAAUAUGGUAGGGACCAUAAUUUCAGUGAUGUAUGACUAGCUGCUGAGAAGGCACAGAUCUGGGAUGUAAGAACCUGGACUGCUCUGUGUUAAAUAUCAUGUGUAUUCACUUGUAG